GUUCCUAACUAAGUGUAAUUGUGUUUAAUUGCAAUUAUUGGCUGUCAAUUGACAAAUUUGUGCAAACAUGUUGCAAAUAUUUGCAAUUUGUUUGACGUUGCUGCUGGUGGGCAUUGAAAGCAGACCACAGAACAUUUUCGAAAGCGUUGCUACUGGAGCAGUUCAAAUGGCUUCCAUGGGAGCUGAAAUGGUAGCAAAUGGCGCCGCCAUAGGUGGUGGUCAUGAUUUUGAUGCAGGUUUGGUGAAAGUUCGUUCCAAAGGUGAGGUUGGUUCUGGAAGGGCUAUACACAAGCCCAACGAAUCUUCAGAGGAAUCUUCAGAAGAGAGAAGAAGAAAACGUUCUAUCAAUUCGUUAUACCAUGAUUUUAUGGAAAUGCAAUCCUUGCUAGAAGUAAAGGAACUAUCAGCACAACAACAUCAACAUAGGACCAAAAGGGAACCUUGCUGGUCCGGUGGCAGCGGUGGUGGCGGCGGCUCAGGUGGGGGUGGUGGUUUUCCUGGCACUGGAGGAGGUGGCGGUGGUGUUCCCGGAACUGGCGGUGGUGGCAUAGAUGAAGAAAUGCUUGAAGUGACACGUCGUCGCCGUCAACAACGUAUGCAAGCAGCCCGCAAACGCAAAGCACAACCAAAAUCCAAAAAGACCAACCGUACAAGUAAAAAAUCUGUAGUGGGCCAAACCGAAGACAUUGAAGAGGUCUCGUCGAGUUUAACACGUCGCAAACGUCAAUCGGAAGUUGAGGAUCUAAAUGCUACAAUGAAUAAGACCGGUAAGGAUAUCUCUGCAUAUACCCAACAAUUUGCCGAAAAAGUGAAAGGAGCUUGGCAAAGUUUUAUGCAAUCGGUAAAUCAAAUGGCUGAAAAGGUAAAGCAGAUUUUCACAGGACAUACCCAGGAUGCGGGAGGCCAAGCGGAAGCAGAGGAGAUAUAAAAGGAUGAAUUGUUAAUUUAAUUUUAAAGUUUAAUUCGAAUUUCUAUUUUUGGAUCGGGCUUAUAGAUUUUCUUGAAAUGUUUGAGUUGUUGAAAAUUUUGUUAA